GUAGUCGUUCACAACUGCAACAGUCAUUCGCGUACUCGCGAUCUGGCGACAUCGUGAUAGAAUAAUCAGUGUCUAUCAAAACGUCUCGUUAUCAUCAUGGACACUUGGAUACUGUUUUCUCUUUUAGCUGGUGUUGUCGCUGUUUAUUAUUACUUUCAUAAAAAAUUGAACUUUUUCGAGAAACAUGGCAUUUUGUAUAUUCCACCAUUGCCUUUCGUGGGUAAUAUGGGACCAGUUUUUUUCCGUCAAUUGUCGUUGGCCGAACUUGUUCAAAAAGUUUAUUAUCUAAAUCAAGAUGCCAAAUAUGUUGGAUUUUUCGACGGUAUGAAUCCAGUUGUGGUGAUUCGUGAUCCGGAGCUCAUCAAAGCCAUCGGUGUUAAGCACUUCGAUAUGUUUCCCGAUCAUCGCGCUUUCAUCGACGAAGUCAACGACCCUCUGUUGGGCAAGAAUCUGUUUUCGCUUCGUGGCGAAAGGUGGCGAGAUGUGAGGGCUUUAUUAAGCCCUGCUUUUACUUCGAGCAAAAUGAAAGCCAUGUUUAAAUUGAUGUCUAAUUGUGCUGCCAAUUUUGCUGACUUUCUUUCCAAGUUACCCGCGGACAAGAAUGUUAUGGAAAUGAAGAACAGCUGCACCAGAUACACGAAUGACGUAAUUGCAACUUGCGCUUUUGGUAUUGGCGUUGAUUCUAUGAAGAAUCCUAACAACGAGUUCUACAUAUACGGAAAAGAAGCUACCAGUUUUAGCGUUUUGCGUACCAUAAAAUUUUACAUCAUUAGAAGCAUGCCACUUGUCAGCAGAAUGUUGGGUAUUAAAUUUGUUAGUAAUCAUGUAGGUCAAUUUUUCAAAGAUCUCGUAAGGAACACGAUACACACCAGAGAUACAAAAAAUAUCGUACGACCAGAUAUGCUGCAACUGAUGAUGGAGACUAGAGGAAAAAGGGGACCCGGAAAGGAACUGACUAUUGAGGAUAUGGUUUCGCAGGCGUUUAUCUUCUUUUUUGGCGGUUUUGAUACUGUUUCCAAUUUGAUGUGCUUUGCCGCUCACGAAAUUGCUGUAAAUCCGGACAUUCAAGCAAAACUACGCGACGAGAUAGAAGAGGUUUUAAAGACAACCAAUGGGGAAUUGACAUAUGAGGCGGUGAACGGAAUGCAAUAUUUAGAUGCGGUGAUCAAUGAAGCUCUUAGAUUGUGGCCCAUAGCCGUUUUUCUGGAUAGGAUAAGUACGGAAGAUUUUGAGCUACCUCCAGCACUUCCGGGAGACAAGCCUUUCGUCUUAAAAAAAGGAGCGAGCGUUUGGUUCCCUGUUUAUGGUUUACAUCGGGAUCCAAAAUAUUUUGAGGAACCGGACAAGUUUCUGCCUGAACGUUUUCUGGAUGAGAACAAGAAAGUUGUAAACUCAGUAGCGUAUAUUCCAUUUGGACUCGGUCCAAGAAUGUGCAUAGGCAACAGAUUUGCGUUAUUGGAGACCAAGAUUAUGUUAUUCCAUUUGUUAAAUCGUUGCGAAUUAAAAUUGUGCUCAAAAACUUCGCAUCCAUUGCGAUUGAGCAAAACAUCUUUCGCCAUGAUGGCAGAAGGAGGAUUCUGGUUAAAGAUUCAAGCGAGAGAUAAUGCUAAUGUAUCUUCACACGUUGUUAAUGGUAGUGCGACUAAUGGUUAUACUUAAAUUUGCAAAAUUGUUUGAGCAGAAUUGUCGUAAAUAUAAAUCCGACGUAAUAUUAUUUAAUCGAGUGAAAUACUGAUUACAUUGACUUGAUCAAUAAAUGUGCAUAAUUUUAUUUUAAAUAAAAUUCUUGUUACAAAUU